CCCGAAGACUUCCGGGGCGAGGUGACGUCUCUAGUUCCUUCCUCCGUGGACUCCAGGCCGGGGACCGGUGGAGGUUCUUGGGACGGGGAGCAGUGACGAUAGCUAGGCGGAGACGACUCGAUGAAGAAAGAUCUAAGAAAGGACCAGGACUGGCGGGAGGUAUUUCACUGAAAGGAAGCUGCCCCACUACGGCAACCAAACCAGAUGCCUUCUUUCACUUCACCAGACCAAGGAGAUGACCUGGAGGCCUGUGUUUUAAGAUUUGCAGACCUAGAUUUAAAAGACACAAGGCUUAUCAAUCCCAGUAGCAGUCUUAAAGCAGAGUUAGAUGCCAGUACAAAGAAGAAAUACUCGUUUGCCAAGAAAAAGGCAUUUGCCCUUUUCGUCAAAACCAAAGAAGUUCCAGCACAUACUCUUGAAUGUAAAGAAAAAUGGUGGAAAUGCUGUCAGCAGCUCUUCAGAGACCGGAUCAGCAUCCACAAACAUGUGGCAACACAACAUGCUGAUGAGAUUUGCCACCAGACUGCUUCUGUGUUAAAGCAGCUGGCUGUGACAUUGAACACCUCAAAGACCCUUAGGUCUGAAGACAGUAGGAAGCCUCUAAAAGAGUACUUAACCUGUAAUCGUGAAGUGUCCGCUUGGCUCCCUGAUAUAAGCUGCUUUAGCCCUGAUGAGCUGAUAAGUGGCCAGGACAGUGAUGGAGGAGAGGUCCUGCUUUAUUACUGCUACCGUGACCUGGAGGACCCCCACUGGGUGUGUGCCUGGCAGACAGCUCUGUGUCAGCACCUGUCCCUCACGGGCAAGGUUCGAAUUGCUACAGAAGGAAUCAAUGGGACAGUUGGUGGAAGCAAACUGGCCACCAGACUCUAUGUGGAAGUCAUGCUUUCCUGCCCAUUGUUUAAGGAUUAUAUGUGUAAGGAUGAUUUUAAGACCAGCAAAGGAGGGGCUUGCUGUUUUCCAGAAUUGCGUGUUGGUGUAUUUGAAGAAAUUGUGCCCAUGGGGAUAAGUCCCAAUAAGAUCUCCUACAAGAAGCCUGGAAUCCAUUUAUCCCCAGGUGAAUUUCAUAAAGAAGUAGAAAAAUUUUUGUCUCAGGCAAAUGAAGAACAAAGUGAUAUUAUCCUUCUGGACUGCAGAAACUUCUAUGAGAGCAAAAUAGGACGAUUCCAGGGCUGCUUAGCCCCAGACAUCAGGAAAUUCAGUUACUUCCCUAGCUACGUUGACAAAAAUCUAGAACUUUUCAGAGAGAAGAAGGUGCUGAUGUACUGUACAGGGGGCAUCCGUUGUGAGCGGGGUUCAGCCUACCUCAAAGCCAAGGGAGUGUGCAAGGAAGUGUUCCAGCUCAAGGGCGGCAUCCACAAGUACCUGGAGGAGUUUCCCGAUGGUUUCUACAAAGGGAAGUUGUUUGUUUUUGAUGAGCGUUAUGCCUUAUCCUACAACAGUGAUAUAGUCUCAGAAUGUUCAUACUGUGGAGCCCCAUGGGACCAGUAUAAACUCUGCUCAACUCCCCAGUGCCGCCAACUCAUCUUGACCUGCCCUGCUUGCCAACGACAAGGAUUCACAGCCUGUUGUGUCACAUGUCAAGACAAAGGGAGGAGGCUGGGUUCGAGUCCCACCCAGAGCAGCUUUAAAGAGGAAUGUGAGUGUACAGCCCGCCGGCCACGCAUACCCAGCGAACUGCCACAGCAGGUGCGGCUCCCCGGGAGCCCCGAGCUGAGGCUGGAUGUUGGUGAGGGUGGGCUGUGCUUAUGUGAGCAGCAGCGUCAGCAUUUCCCUAGGCCUUCACAGAGCUAGUUCACAGUGACCACGCAUUGGAGAGGAUCAGAGCUGCAGCAACAGAACUUGAACUUGAAUGCUGGCAAUGCCGGCAUUGUAAACUGGGUACCAUACUGGCCACCGUAACUUCAAAGGGGCCGGGAAGAGGGGGUUGGGUGCUGACCACUUACCUGAGACAUUUGACUCAGAAGAUUCCAGAGCACAGAAAAAGGUGAGCUGUGUUGGAUCCUAAAGCUGCUGGGGGGGAGAGCCGUGAGCCUGGUGGCCAGGUCAUGCCCUUUCUAUGCCAUGCAGCAGGCUGGUAGUAGUCAUUUGUCUUGUCAGCAGACCUUUUGAUCCUGGUGGCAAAAGCAUAAAAGCUAUGCCCUGGAGGAGGGCUCCUCAGAAGCCUGCCACUCUGCUACCUGCCAUCCCCUACCAUCCACUCCUGCCCUCAUCUCUCUGGCAGCCUGAGAGACUAAGUCAGGAUCUGCAGACUACGGCAUUUGACUCGCCUUACGCUUUUGUAAAUAAAGUUUGAUUGGAAUAGCCACACCCAUUCAUUUACAUAUGAUCUAUGGCAGAAUUAAGUAGUUACAGCAGAGACCUUAUGGCCUGCCAAGCUGAAAAUAUUUGCGAUCUGGCCCCUUUAAAAAAAACUGCCAUCCCCUGGUCUAAACCCCACAGCUCACCUGAUGGAGCAGGUGGCCUGAAAGGUGGCCCACCUUCAUUUUUUAUUGAUUUGGUUUCUGUGAUAUCUAUCUCCUGAUAGUCUCCCCAGUCCCCACACUCUUAGCUUUUAAGCAUUCUCUUUGAAAGAUUCAGUUAGCUUGAGGACGCUGAUGUUUGGGCAGUUUGGAGAUGAACGUCCUGGGAUAUAAGACACAUUUCGAGUGAGGUCAUUUGGCCCUGCUGGGGUGGUUUCCCAGCCUCUGGACAGCAUGUCACAUGCAUGUCCAUGUCACACUAGCCACAAGAAACACGUACACAACCAUCCAUAGACCAACAGAUUUAAUAUUAUAUUGCAGUUUCCAGUGAUGCAGAAUGCAGCUGCAGUUGUGUCUCAAGGAGAAGCCUAGUGGGGCUGGCCAUCCCGACAGCAUGGUGCCACUCCCAGGCCGUCUGCAGCCUAAGUAGACACUCUUCCAGAGUGGUGAGGCCCUGGCUCCACCUCUGGUUACCCUGUACCGGCCACAUCAUGACAGUUCAGUGUGCAAGACUUUUCCUUUUUCGUCAAAAGCCUCUGCUCAGCGCUCUGCAGCUUAGUCUGUGCUCGUCAGCUCUUUGGCCUGUCCUUUAUCAUAAGAUUUGCUGAAUCACUCAUGAAAAUAACUCCCAAGCAACAGAAAUGCUAGUUUAACUGGCACUGUGGUAUAUUAAAAGGCACAAGGGCAUUGUGGCUUAACAUUUUUGCUGGAUCCCAAGAGAUGCACAUGAUGUUAAAAAGGGAUCUGGCAGAAACACCAUUAUUACAUUUUCAGAAUAAUCAUCUUGGGAUGGUUUUGCCAGGGUUUCCUAAUUCCUUAGUAUCUGGAUUUUCUUCACCCUUGGCCUUCAGAGGCUUAAAUUACAGGCAUGAGAUCAGUGGUGACUUGUCUAAUAAGUGAUGUGACACAUGGUUGGAGUCCGUAAGCAUAGCUGCGAUGGACUAGAAAUUUCUCUGUCUAGUGUUUUACCUCACAUAAGCCAUUGGACCACUGUGCAAUGUGAAAAGGUGUUUUCAAGUAUUUAUUUGGCCAGAGGUUUUCACAUCGUUGAGGUUGGCAUUCGAUAAGGAAAAAAUUCUUUCUGGUUCCAAUAAUAAAUUGUAAAUAAAUCCCAGAUGUUCGUAAGAACACUCAGGGAAAUGUUUGUUGCCUGGGAUUGGUAAAGAAAGGAUGGUUUUUGAAACUUGAAAUUCCACCAUUGGCUUUUUCAUCAUUUCCUUGUAUCCAGCAAAAGGAAUCUCACGUUCCUGGGUUCCUGGCAGAGCUCUGUGGCUUCAAUCUCUCUUUCUUGAAGGACAAAAUUGUGUUCCUGACCCAGUAAUCAAUUUGGCAACUUUAAUCUCGAGGUUCUUCAAAUUUAAAGGAGGGUUAAUAAAAAAUGAUCUGUUUGCUAAAUACCUAAGAUCAAAUUCAUAAUAAAGCAUUUAUAAUGCUUCUCAA